AUGGAAUGUCCGGAAGUUGUGAGUGAACUUGCGAGGGCCUAUGUUUGGCAUGUCAUAUCCACUUCAUCUAUUGGAAAACUUGUAUGCGGUCUAGACGCUUCUGGAAGAGAACCUUUGGUAGCAAAAGGGUUUUCGGAGAUAUAUCCUAUUAUUGCGGCUAUUUUUCAAGAUCAGAGUACAAACUUCAAUGUUCCCUCUGCAACUAUCAUCGAGAGUUUCUCCAAAUCGACUACCAAGGAGCUUGAGAUAAUUGGCACCGAUAUUGGGACUCUACCGUGCCGUCACAGAUCUCAUAUGGUUUGUCUGGAGAAACAUCUCUCGUAUCAAAACAAAUGCUCGCUUUGCAGAACUAUCCUAAAGCAGGGGAUUGACCGAGCAGAUAUCGAAGAUACUCAGGCUCGACAGGCAGUGCGUAGCAUGCUUGGUGCACGGAAACCAGGUGUUGCAUUAGUGUUCGCUGAGGCCUCACUGGAGUGUAUCGUGUUGCGGGCAAGGCAAAACCCAUCGACGAUGAACAAGCGCAACUUUGCAAUGGCAAUGGUUGCUUGUUCAGAUUGCUACCUUCGUACCGGGAAGUAUAAGGUUGCGUAUGAAGUCGCUCAAAACGCUCUUGGUGUCUAUCCUCAACUCUCACGCCUUCAGCGCGCAGAGAUUUUCAGGCUGCAAGCUAAUGCAUUAGCAUCAGACGGUGGUAUGUAAUCCAAGAGCGGGCGACAGCUGCCUCCGAUAUGCACCAGCAGUAGAGGCAUUAUUCCGGAACGCCUAUCUUCUCGACCCAGUGCAAUAUGAGGGACAGAUAGGAGAUAAUUUCGCCAAAAUUGGAGUGUGGAAUGAGGCGGAUCCCCUGGUGCAUUCGGAAGUACCGCAAGAGUUUGGGGCGUUUGUCCAAGACUAC